CGUUUCCGAACAUAUCUAUACUUGGCAUAUGACGUGAGAGAUCAGCGGCAAUCAGUGAAUAGGAGACAUGGGUCGCAAGAUGUUCACGUAACUUUUGCUGGACUGAUCUCUGAAAACAGCUAUCCAGCAGUUUUUACGAAAUUCAACAGGUUGUCGCGGUCACUAGGACCCCGAAGAUGGGUUCUGGUCAAAGUGCCCGCAAGUUGACCAUCACGAAUGAAGAAGAAAUCGGCGUGAUCAAGGUGUCCAACUCGCUCGUACAACGUAUCGCUCAGAGAGAGAAACAAAAAGUGCAAGAAUCUUCUUCGGACGCAGCGCCGACAGCAACGCCAGGCCAACAUUCGACACCACCUCCUUCUGCAACGACAGCUCCGCCCGCACCCUCGAACGUGGCACCUGAGCAUCCAGUGUACUAUUACCCUGAAUUGACAAUGUCGGCUCACCAAAUAUAUCAACAGAAGGAACAGGAGCUGAAACAGCAAGAACAGUAUUGGCACAAGCGUUUACAAAAUGUAGAUGAUUCUUACCGAAAAAUCAAUCGCAUCCUAGCAGAAGAGUAUCAAAAAACCAUUGCUGAAACUUCUGCUAAAACUGGACAAAAUAUUGCUGACAUCCAGGAUACAAUGCAACCGUGUCUAGAGAACAGUAAUAAAGUUCUAAAGUGUUUCCAAAACCACCCCAAGGAAACUCUCGCAUGCUCGAGUUUAGUACAAGAGUUCUCCAAUUGUGUCUGGAAUGUGCAUUACACACACGCAAUCCAAACGCGUUCGUAAUAUACUAUUCAGCAAAUUCUUCAAGGGACAUUUAGUCAAUAAUAAUAAAUUAUACAGUAAGGUGUAAAAAGAAAGUUGAAAGUGCUUAUUUUAUUCUCAGCAGAAUUACUGACGAGAAGUAGUAUAAAAUAAAGAAAGGAGAAAUAUGUAAAAAAAUAAAUGAUUUAAGGAGCAUAAUUGCAAUUUAUAAUAAAAUGAUUAUCGUUACAUUCUCAUGAUAAA